AUGCGCUUUCUCUGCUCCACCUCGGCCACCCUUUUGUAGCAGAGCUCAACAUGGCCAAGAUCUAUGAUGUCCGUCAUCUCAUUAUGCGCCGAACUUCCCGCGCCUGUCUUCAGGCAUACCACUCACGGAUCGAUCGCAAUACCAGCAGAACCAAAAACAAAGUUCCGAGUAGCCAGGAUGGUGGCGAUGGCGGCGAAGGUGGAAGCGGUGUCAGCGACGGACCGGUAUAAUUCUCUCUCCCAACCAGGACAGCCAUACUGAUGAUACUGGGUAGCCUGGUCCGGUAUAGUGCUUGCGUCCGAAGAAGUUCGUGUCGUGAAUGGAUUUGGAAUUGAUCACACACCACCCACACAGGACACGAAGCGGAGACAGCUUACUUCUGAAAAGGGGCACAGACGUGAAAGAGCCUCAAUGUCUCGGAAACAGUUGGAAAUGGGCCUAUGAUGCAGACUAUGAGCAGCAUGGGAGUACACAGGCGGCAAGUUCUGCAAAUGCUGACAUUCAUUUCUGCCUUGUUUUCUUUUCUUUUUUUCCCUCUCGCACGAUGACGAGGACGAACUCAGCGUGCUGUCCUUCCCACGAGAAAUGGAUGGGGAGGAUUCCAUAAGUCCAUCUUAUCAAGUGUUUGGAUUUCCGC